AUGCUAAAGUGUGGACUUUUGAAUGUAAGAUCGGCUGUAAACAAAGCUCCAUUGCUUAAUGAAGUUAUACAGGCAAAUAACUUGGAUGUUUUCAUCAUUACGGAAACAUGGGUACCUUCUGACGCUCCAAAUGCCAUAAAAUAUGGUUUGGCCCCAGAGGGGUAUUCCAUCUUGCUCCGUCAUCAUGGCUCAUCACAGGACAAACGUGGAGGAGGUCCGGCAGUUGUGCACAGCAACCUACUCAAAGCCACCUUAAUUGUUGAUGACAUGAAAUAUCUUGGCUUAGAAAAUCUCACAGUUAAAUUUAAUACAUAUUCAUCGUCUUUCAUCAUCAGCUCAAUCUACAGGCCACCAGGUCACGUUUCUACAGAUUUUAUAAAUGAAUUUAGUGAUCAUGUCGGCACCAUCAUCAAUUUCAACAUCCAAUUCAUCAUUUGUGGUGAUUUCAAUGCACCGGGGCAGCUCAAAGUCAUAAAACAACAUCUUGAAUCAACAAUUGAAGCCCUUGCACUUUUUCAGCACGUCAACUCUUCCACCCAUUCCCAUGGUAAUAUACUAGACCUCGUCAUCACCAGUAUACGUCAUACAUGCAUCAUAAACAACGUUGGAGUCAUGGACUGUGUUUUUUUUGACCACAGCCUUGUGACCUUCGAUACUAGAUUAUCAAAGCCAAAACCUCCAGUUAUUGUUCGUCAGCGUCGUAGUUAUCGUCGUUUUAGUUCAACUGCUUUUCAACAAGAACUCUCUGAUGCAUUCUACGAUAUACUUUCGCGUGGUGAUUAUGACGUGGACGAUCUUACAUCCGCUAUCCUCACAUCUACAACCAAUCUCCUUGACAAACAUGCACCUUUUAGACGUCUGUCCCUACGAGGCAGCAAUCGUCCAAAACAUCAACUUUCAAUUGGUGCUAUAAAUGCAAUUCGAAUCUGUCGUCGAUUAGAAAGACAGUCGAAGCGAUUUUGCUCAGAAAUCAUAAAAACUGAAUACAAGAAGGCUAAAGAGAUUGCUAAAACGUUAAUUAUGCAAUUCAAGAUCGACUCCAUCAAAGAAGAGCUUCACUCUAAAAGUAAACCUCGUGAUCUCUGGCGAUCGCUCAACAACCUCCUUCUUUCUCGUCCGCCGCAACACUAUUCUGAUGAUGAGUGCCAAAUCCUUGUCAACUCUUUCACAAAUGAUUUUAUAUCAAAAAUAAAUAAUAUACAUCAGUCAAUCAAAGACAAUAUAAUAACAGAUAACAUAACACCUUUUAAACACAGACCACAAUCAACAAAUAUAUUCGAUGCCUUUUCUGCUGUUUCGGUUUCAGAGGUGUUAAAACUCACCUCGUCUCUUGAUAAUAAGACGUUGACGUUUUGCCUACUGUUCUUCUCAAAAAAUUUUCUUCACUCUUUGCUUUUGUGA